AACGUGUAAAAAUGUAGUUCAAAAUGGCUGUGUUCACCGCCGUUCAAGUGCUAUAAUAGUGUCUGCAAAAUUAUCCUAUUGGUGGCCAGCUGAGCUGAAGUGCCUCUCAAAACAUAUAAAGGUAAACCAACCCUCCGAUCAAACCCUCCAGCUCCCAAAACAGUAAACCAACCCUCCGAUCAAACCCUCCAAUCAUCGCCGGUUGUCCGCGCAGUAGAAGGAAAGAAUCCCGCAACAGAACCGGCUACGCGGUAAGUUGACGGACGGUGAUUGUAUCCGAAAGUUACGCUCGUAUCCCGCAUUCGGGUACGCUCGUAUCCCGUAUUCGGGUCAUAUGAUCUCGGUCGGCCAUCUCCCCUUUCAUAUUUCGAAGGCUUCGCUCCAAAACCCUGGACGCCAGUAGAGCUUCUUCAUAUUGCUUCUCUGGUCCGCAGGCAUACGUCUUCCCCUCGUCUCCCCUUUCAUAUUUCGAAGGCUUCGCUCCAAAACCCUGGACGCCAGUAGAGCUUCUUCAUAUUGCUUCUCUGGUCCGCAGGCAUACGUCUUCCCCUCGUCUUUCUUCGGGACUCGGGGUAGAUUCCGCUGUGGGCGUCUCAAGGCGUGGCCGUGUGGAUCGUUAACCAGGUUUCUUCCGUUCGAAUUACUUGUUCAUAUUGCAAUUGUUUGUCUAUAUUCACCCGUUCGAUCGGAUAAGGCUACGAUAUCUUUUGUUCUAUCAGAAAGAAUGUAUUUCUAGGGGAUAGUAGUUUCGAGUCUUGUGAUCAUUUAGGGAUCAGGUAAUGUAUGGCGUUGAUGCGAUAACGAAGCACUGGGAUCAGUAGGGUUUUGCGCUUACCUUUUCGUUCAUUACGUUCAAGAUUUAAGAUAUCAUUCUUUCUCAAGGCUGCAAAUGGAACUCCUGAAGAUAUUUUGAUAUGCAUAUUAGAGCAAGAAAUAGGAUCAUGUUAAAUUUAUCUGUUCGCUGUCAAGGUUUAUUGCUGAUUUUUUAUAUGUUGGAACAUUCUGCCCUUGAGAAACUACAUAGUCGGCGAUGACUGAGCUAAUGGCUGAGGUUGGUUCGGAGCAAGAAACGACAGAGCUCUCUGAAAAUAAUGAGACUGAAGUAGAGGUUGAAGGUAGGGACUUAUUACUGAAGGAGAAUGAUACAGAUAAGCAGAGCUCUCAGCUGUCUGUGAAGGCUGGUAACUCUGAAUCCGUCGAGACCUCUGCAGAAAACAAUUUGGCUGAGAUAUCUGAUAAGACUGAUGAUACACUGACCGAGAAGCAAGUUUAUGACGCACUCUUGGAGAAGAAAACUGAUGAGACACUCUUGAACAAACAAACAGAUGGUCUGGUCACUGUGACAAUGGCUCAAAUUGACACUGGUUCUGAUCAAAUAGGUGGUUUAGGUUCUCCAUCUACACUGCUAGAAAAUAAGACAGCAUCUGUAAUGACACAUGUGAAGGAACCUCAUGCAGAAGAUAAUCACACCAAAACCUACUUGAAUGAUGAAAAUACUGGAGGAGAUUGUUCGACCCAGUCAUCUACCUUUAACCCCUACUUUGAUGGCAAUCUUUCUGGAUCUGAGGAAGAACAAGCUUCUUUCUUGAAGGAGCUGGUGAGUUUCUAUAAGAAAAGGAGGAUGGUGUUCAGACCACCUAAAUUCUAUGGACAAACACUGAAUUGUCUCAAGUUGUGGAGAAUAGUAAGUAGAUUGGGCGGUUAUGAACUGGUGACACAAUGUAGGCUCUGGCCUGAGGUUGGACUGACUUUCAAGCCUCCCAAGACUUUUACAACAGUGUCUUGGUCUUUCCGAACUUUCUAUGAGAAGGUGCUCCUUGAGUAUGAGAAGCAUAAGUCCCGAACUGGUCAACGUAAAAAUCCCUUUAUACAUCUUCCAUCAUUUAUGAGGUUUGAAAAUCAGGAUGGGAAUUCAUCUAUUCUGAGGGAGGAUGAACAAGGUAAAAGCAUUGGCCCGUUUAAGAGGAGAAAACCUUACCAAGAGCAUGCAGCAAAAGUUGUGAAAACACUUGUUAAUCCACGAAAGACUGUAGAUGUUGCUGAUUUUGGUGCCCCUGCUGACUGGGUUAAGAUUAAUGUGUUGCAAUCUAAUGAGUGCUAUGACGUGUAUGUUCUGGUCCCAGGACUAAUGAUUGGAGAGGUACAUAUUGAGUCAGAUCGUACAGGUUUUUUGAUCAUUUCUGGUCAGCCUGAGCAGCACGAUAAUCCUUGGGGUAUCACCCCCUUUAAGAAGGUCAUAAACUUCCCUUUACCGAUUGAUCCGCAUCAUACUACUGCCGUGGCUUUCUUACAUGGCCUGCUAUUUGUUCGUGUACCGAUUCAACGAAGAGUUGGAUGGCACUGCGGAGUUUAGGGUUUAUAAAGAGAUGAGAAUUUGGGGGGAACUCAUAACAAUCGAUCACUUACUACAGGUUUUGUCUCUGAUCAUGGCUAAAUAUUUUUCCAGUACUCCAUUUUGUUAUGAAUGUCACAUGCAUUCCCAGUACAUGCAUUACUGCCUUCAACUCAAUCGCUGAAAUUUGAUUCUUGGGCCGAGUUGAAGACGGAAUGGUGUUUGAUUUCUCGACUGCGUAGCUGUUAAGAGAGUCGAUCUUCUUCAGGUUUUGGCUGCUUGUUAUUUGGUCCUCGAAACAGUUUAUUGCUCUCAUAUUCUGCAUGACAUUUAUCCAGUAUCUCAAGUACUCUAUCU